GACCGCGCGUGGCUGUGGCUGUGCAUGGCUGCUGGUAGCGCGCGCGCGCUCUGCCUUUUACGCAUUUCCUCAAAGUUCUCUUUCAGCCCCGCUGGCGUUCUGUCUGCCUUACCAGGAGCCAGCCAGGGCGGGUUAUGCACGGUUAUGAAACAAGCUUUAUUAUUCACGGCGUCGGCAGAGCAGGCGUGACGAAAGCGGAAGUGACGUAUAAGACCACAGAGCUCUGCGAUGGAAGCCUCCGGAGACAAGCAUGUGUUCCAGUGCCCAUUGAGUUUUGAACCGGUUGCAGAUUGUGAUGGAGCAGAAAUCGACGAACCUGACACAGAGGUGUGGUUAAUUAAGGCUCCAUCCGAUUUUACACCUGAAAGCUUCAAUUCUCACCGCCUCCCACUCUCUGGCUACAAGACGCAGAAGGUGAAGGUUGAAGGCAUCCGUAAAUUGUACCACGUCCAAGCCACCCACGGUGCCAGUGCCCCUUGCCGCGCUUUCCUUCCCCAAGAUGUAGACGCUGGACUGAAAUUUGCUUGCGCCCCUCCUUUCCAGGGUAUCAUAACAGUUGCAGAAGCCCAUGCAGACUCUACAGCCCUUCAUCCGAUCCCUGAUAGGCCUCCUUUAACAAUACCCCAAAAACUAAAGCAACGAUAUCACCCCUUUGGAGCGGAUUCUCCAAUAACGAGGCAAAUAUCCGAGGGACAGUUUGCAGCAGCACCCAUCAAAAAAAAGAAGAAAUCCAAAAAGCGCAAGCUGGAGGAGGCAACAGUGUAAAUUAUUGGGACAUUAAUAGUGGGUACCAUUAAAAUUGAUCAGCUGCCUUGUAUUAUCCUGAACAAUUUGUAUAUAAAAUCAGCGCUGUCACCAAACU